CUUUGGGGCGCUGCGACGAUGGACAAGCUCAAGCAGUUCACGGCCAAGACGAAGGAGAAGAUAGCCGAGAUUGACAUCCCGGUCAAGAAGACGCUCGACUCGAUCGGCGACUUUACGGUGAGGACGAAGGAGAAGAUGGCCGAGAUUGACAUCCCGGUCAAGAAGACCAUGGACGACCUCUCGUCCAAGAUCAAAAACCUUGGCAAGCACCAUGAUGACGAUGCGCACCCAACGAUCCAGCCCGCGGCGACGGCCAUGACGACGCGUGACGGUCGCAUUGAGAUCGAGAUCCACGACGCCGAUGGCAUCCCGCUGCCGCCACCGUCGGAGAUCAGUCGCUCGGCGACACAGCACUGGAACCUCUCGCGUUCGGACGCGGUCAUCGUCAACCACAGCCCGACCUCGUCGUCGGCGCCGUCGCUCUAUUCCGAGCCCGUGCCGCCGAUGCACAUCUGCAUCAUGAUCGUCGGCACGCGCGGUGACGUCCAGCCGUUCAUUGGCAUUGGGAAGCGUCUCGUCGCCGACGGCCACCGCGUCCGACUCGCGACCCACGCCAUUUACCGCUCGAUGGUUCUCGAGGGCGGCCUUGAAUUCUACCCCCUCGGCGGCGACCCGAAGGAGCUCGCUGCGUACAUGGUCAAGACGGGUGGGCACUUGAUCCCUGUUGGGUACGACGUGCUCACAAAGGACAUGCCGCGCAACAUUCAAAUGGUCGAGGAGAUCCUCUUCUCGACGUGGCCGGCCGUGCACGCUGCAGAUCCGGGUGCCACGCGCGUGCUGCCGCCCUUCCGCGCCAACGCGAUCAUCUCCAACCCGGUGACGUACGGCCACAUCCACGUGGCCGAGAAGCUUGGCGUGCCGCUGCACAUUAUGUUUCCGCAGCCCUGGGUCCCCACGGCGGCGUUCCCGCACCCGCUCUCGAACCUUGCGUACACGGGCAAGAUCGAAAAGAAGAAUCACAUUUCGUACAAGCUUGUGGACCUCCUCAUGUGGCAAGGCACUGAGAACAUGGUCAACCGGUUCCGCGAAGACGUUCUCGGGCUCCGAAAGAUUCGCAUGGGCGACGCCGGGCGGAAUGUGCUGCUGGAUUUGCGCAUUCCGCACUCGUUCAUGUGGAGCCCGCACCUCGUGCCGCGCCCCGACGACUGGGACCCAAGCAUUUACGACGUCAUUGGCACCGUCUGCGACUCGGACAUCCCUGCGCACACGCCAACGCCCGAGUUUGCCGCCUUCUUGGCCAACGGUCCGGCGCCGAUCUUUGUCGGGUUUGGCUCGAUGGUCAUCCCAGACGCCGCCACGACGACGCGCACGAUCAUCGAGGCGUCACAGCUGGCCAACGUCCGCGUCGUGCUCCAGUCCAGCUGGAGUGACAUGACCCAGGGCGGCGAGAUUACGAUUCCGGACAACGUCUUUCUCCUCGGCAACUGCCCGCACGACUGGCUCUUCCCGCACAUGGCCGCCGUCGUCCACCACGGCGGCGCCGGCACGACGGCUGCCGGUCUCCUAGCGGGCAAGCCGACCUUUAUUGUGCCUUUCUUUGGCGACCAGCCGUUCUGGGGUUGGGCGGUCGUGAACGCUGGCGUCGGCGCGCCGCCAUGCCCGAUCGCGGACCUCACCACGCCGCUACUCACUGAAGCCUUCGAACAGCUCUCAUCACCAGAGCUCGCAGCCAACGCGCGGGCACUCCAAGCUGCCAUGCGGGCCGAGAACGGCGUCGAAGCCGCGGUCGAGAGCUUCUACAAGCAUUUGCCGCCCAAGAUGACGUGUGCAUUUACACCCACCCACGUCGCGACCAAGUGGCUCGUGAAAGACCAAGUCCAAGUGUGCGACUGCUGUGCGUACGUGAUCCGAUCGGCGUCGGACCAAGCGGUGCUCGACUACCACGUCAUGGGCUACGCCCGCAGCGGGCCCAACUCUGGCUUGGAAGGCGCAGCGAACGGUGCUGGCGCGUUCGUUCACGAAAUUGGGUCGUCGCUGGUCGGCAUCGUCGCCGAGCCUGCAAAAGGCUACAAGAAGGACGGCGCGAAAGGCGCGGCGAUCGGCGCCGUCAAGGGCCUCGCCAACUUUGCCCUCGCGCCCUUCCAUGGCAUCGCGCUCUUUACCGAUCGCGUCGCUGUCGGUCAUUACAACCUCAAGCACCGCGACGAGGGCAAGCGCAAGGAACCGCGCUUUGACGGCAAGCAGCUUUUCAGCCGAAACGACGCGACCUUUUCGACGGCAACCAGCGACGAGGCCGACCGCGACCGCGUGCACCGGCAUAGCCUCGCGCCGCUCGUCGGCGUCCACGUCUCGCCCGCCGAGCAAGCGCAGAUCCUCGCGGCACUCAAGGAACUGAUCACGCUCAAGGAAGAGUGCGAGUCGCUGCCACCAGCGUCCGAAUCGCUACAGUCGUCAUCGUCGGUGACAGUGACAGACGACGAUGUCGACGACGAUGACAACAACGAAGCGUCAUCAUCAUCAUCGUCGUCGUCGGGUGUUCCGAUGGUCGUGCGUGGCAUGCGCUGGUCGGCAACGGGGGAGUUCCACAUGGACUACGACGUCCGUGGCGACCUCUUGCGCCGGGCGCCGUCGACGCGCCGCCUUCUCGACUCGGUGUCGUCGUCGUCCUUGCAGGAUGUACCGGCGUCCGUGCCCUUCCAGAUGAACAUCUGCGUGCUUGCGAUCGGGGCGCGCUCCGAAGUCGAAGCCGUCGUCGCGGUCGCGUCCGUGCUCGCGUCGGACGGCCACCAUGUCCGUCUGGCCGCCAACCCGCUCUACGAAUCUCUCGUGCGAUCGCAUGGCCUCGAGUUCUUUGCGCUGCAGGGCAACCCGACGAGCGUCCACGACUGGAUGGGCCGGAUUGGGAUGAUGACGACGAUCGACGGCCCAUGGCACGACCCCCUCGCGUUCCUUCAGUCCACGUGGGAGGCUGUGAACGGCGUCGGGUUCCGCGCCGACCUGAUUCUGUCGCACCCUGGCGUCAUUGUCCAUCGGUACUUGGCAGAGCGUCUCGGUGUGCCCGUGCAGCUGAUUGCGUCAUCGCCAUGGAGUCCGACGAGCGAGUUCCCGCACCCGCUCAUGGAGGACUCGCCGUCCUGGAGCGAGUGGAGCAACUGGCUCUCGUACGCUGCGGUUGACGAGUACGCGUGGACCAACUGCCGCGACAUACUCAACCAGUUUCGCGUCGAGACAUUGGGUCUUCCGCCGUGGCACCACCGCCUCCCGCCGUCCUUCUCGGUCUGGAAAAUCCCGAUCACGUAUCUCUGGUCCCCGUCGCUCCUCUCCAAAGCGCACGACUGGGGCCGCGAAGUGUCGGUUGUCGGGUUCCCCGAGCUUUCGCCGUCGCAGGCUUUUCAAGUACCACCCAAGCUCACGUCCUUUCUGCAAGGAACGCCAGCCAUGCCGACGGUCUAUGUCAACUUGUCCAGCCUCGACCUCGCCGCCGCCAUGAAUUUGCUGCACGAUGUGUUUGCGAUUGCACCGGACGCCUUCCGCGUCGUCCUUCACCGGACCGACGACGGCGUGCGCGACAUCCUCGUGGCCGACGGCGACCGCCUCCUUGUGGCGCCACCAACGAUCCCGGUCGACUACCUCGUGGAGCGUUGCGACGGUGUCGUGCACCAAGCGACCGAAGAAGUCGUGCGCGCGCUUCUCAAGGCACCCAAGCCGUCGAUGGCCUGCCCCGUCACUGGCAUCGAACGGCUCUGGGCGUCGCGCUUGUACCAGCUGACGCCCGAGGCUACCGUGCCGCAAGUGCCGUUGCAGGAGUUGCGCCGGAACCCGUCGGCCGUCGCCGCCGUCUUCUCGUCGCUUGUGACCCUCGACGUCAAGCGCCGCAACUCGGUCGUGGAGGCCCCGACGUCGGUGAUCGCAACCGAGAUCCAAGAGGCGCCCCGACGGGCGGCGGCAGCCAUUUACCGCAACGUGCCUGUGGCGUCCAUGGUCUGCGACGUGGUGCCGACUAAGAUUGCGCGCGUGUACGUGCCACGCUGGGACCUCAAGCUCUCGCACGAGGCUGUGUAUACGGGAAAGCACCAGCUCUGGGACGACGCCAGUACCGAGAUCAAGGCGUACAAACCCGUGUAUUAUAGCCUCAGCGACGGGCCGACGUACGUCUCGAUGGAGAAGCGCAUCGAGCUCGACAACCAUGCGCACCGAACGGUCCUCGAUGCCUUCUCGACGCUGCUCUCGGCGCCCGAGAAGGUUGUGACGGGCCGCCUCUUUGCGCGUCAGGAGAGCAUGCCGGGUGUGGCUGUCGACGUCUCGCGUUUCUGGGAGACGCCCGAAGAGGAAGCGGCGAGUCGUGAAGCCAUCAUGGCCGAGUAUGAGAAGUUCCUGGAAAAAAAGAUGACCUCGGGCGUCUUCAAGUCGCUCUUGAGCUCCGUCUGAGUGCUACCCGGUAGCUAUUGUGGAUAAGGUUAACGGGGUAAUCUGUACACAAACUCGUAUG